CAGUUGGAAUGUAUGCCAAAGACAGUGAAUAUGUUCCAUUUUGUGAACCUUGUGAUUGCUCUGGGAAGGUUGAACAGUGGCUGAUUCAACUAACAAUUACUAUGCGUAAAACAAUGCGCCAUAACUUUGAAGACUGUAUUUUGACGUAUGAGGAGAAGGCUCGGGAACAAUGGAUAUUUGAUUAUCCAGCUCAGGUGGCCUUAGUUGGUACUCAGAUCUGGUGGGCAACAGAAGUGAAUAUAGCAUUCUCAAGGUUAGAAGAAGGUUAUGAACAUGCUAUGAAAGAAUAUCAAAAGAAGCAGAUUGCUCAGUUAAAUGUUCUCAUUACUCUACUGUGUGGAGAAUUGACUGAUGGAACUCGCCAAAAGAUCAUGACUAUUUGUACAAUUGAUGUACAUUCAAGAGAUGUUGUAGCUAAAAUGAUACAAAUGAAAGUUGACAACUCUCAAGCUUUCCAAUGGCAGUCACAGUUGAGGCAUCGUCACUGCAUUUGGUAAUGGGAGGGGCUCCAGCAGGACCUGCAGGAACAGGAAAGACUGAGACGACAAAAGACCUUGGACGAGCAAUGGGAGUAAUGGUGUAUGUAUUUAAUUGUUCUGAACAAAUGGAUUACAAGUCAUGUGGUAAUAUUUAUAAAGGACUGGCACAGACUGGGGCUUGGGGCUGUUUUGAUGAAUUCAACCGGAUAUCAGUAGAAGUAUUGUCUGUAGUGUCUGUACAAGUUAAAUCAGUUCUUGAUGCUGUUAAAACAAAGAAAAUUACCUUUAAUUUCAUGGGAGAAGAAAUUCAAUUGGUGCCCACUGUUGGUAUGUUCAUUACAAUGAAUCCGGGUUAUGCAGGAAGAACUGAACUGCCAGAAAAUCUGAAAACCCUGUUCAGACCAUGUGCCAUGGUAGUACCUGAUUUUGAACUGAUUUGUGAAAUUAUGUUGGUAGCAGAAGGCUUUCAAGAUGCUCGAUUGUUAGCUCGGAAAUUUAUUACUCUUUAUCAAUUAUGCAGGGAACUACUUUCCAAACAAGAUCACUAUGACUGGGGUUUACGAGCUAUUAAAUCUGUGCUGGUUGUGGCUGGAGCACUGAAGCGAGGUGACAGAGAGAGACCAGAAGACCAAGUCUUGAUGCGUGCGUUACGUGAUUUCAACAUUCCAAAAAUAGUCACUGAUGAUAUUCCAAUAUUUAUGGGCUUAAUUGGUGAUCUGUUUCCUGCACUUGAUGUUCCAAGAAAAAGAGAUCUAGAAUUUGAAAAGUUGGUGAAGCAAUCUGCUGUGGAAUUGAAGUUACAGCCUGAAGAUAACUUUAUUCUGAAGAUCGUACAACUGGAAGAGUUAUUAGAAGUUCGACAUUCUGUAUUUAUAGUGGGAAACGCAGGCACUGGAAAAACUAUGGUUUGGAGAACAUUGUUUAAGACUUACCAAACUCAGAAACUGAAGCCUGUUUUUAAUGAUUUAAAUCCUAAGGCAGUAACCAAUGAUGAGUUAUUUGGAAUAAUUAAUCCAGCAACACGAGAGUGGAAGGAUGGUCUGCUCUCUGUACUGAUGAGAGAUCAAGCCAAUAUGUCAGGUUCUAGUCCAAAAUGGAUUGUACUUGAUGGUGAUAUAGAUCCUAUGUGGAUUGAAUCCUUAAAUUCUGUAAUGGAUGAUAAUAAAGUACUCACACUGGCCAGUAAUGAGCGGAUUGCUUUAACACCAGUAAUGCGCUUAAUAUUUGAAAUCUCUCACCUAAGAACAGCUACUCCUGCUACUGUAUCAAGAGCUGGAAUUUUAUAUAUCAAUCCUCAAGAUCUUGGUUGGAAUCCAACAAAAAUGAAAAAAAUUACUCCUAUUGCUGAAAUAUCUCAUGUUCAGAUGCUAUGUCAUUUGCUGGAUUGUUUAUUAACUCCCACAAAUGUUCCAAAUGACUGUCCCAAAGAAUGGUAUGAAAUAUACUUUGUCUUUGCAUGUGUUUGGGCUUUUGGAUCUACCAUGUUUCAAGAUCAGCUUACAGAUUAUAGAGCAGAAUUUUCAAAAUGGUGGGUAAAUGAAUUUAAAGUAGUAAAAUUUCCAGCAGAAGGUUCUGUGUUCAAUUAUUAUAUUGACACAGAAACAAAGAAUUUUGUUUUAUGGAAUGAAAAAAUAAGAGAAUUUGACCUUGACUAUGAUAUACCUCUUCAGACUACACUAGUUGAUACUAGUGAAACUGCCCGCUUGCGAUUUUUUCUGGACAUGCUAGUGGAUAAAAGAGUUCCUGUAAUGCUAGUUGGUGCAGCUGGAUCAGGGAAAACCGUAAUUAUUUCUGACAAACUUAAUAAUCUCUCAGAAGAAUAUGCAGUCACAAAUGUGCCAUUCAACUUUUAUACAACUUCUGAAAUGCUGCAGAAGAUAUUAGAAAAGCCUUUGGAAAAGAAGGCAGGACGUAAUUUUGCACCUCGAGGAAAUAAAAUAAUGGUUUAUACAAUAGAUGAUAUGAACAUGCCUGAAGUUGAUGCUUAUGGUACAGUCCAACCACACACCCUAAUUCGGCAAUACAUGGAUUAUGGGCAUUGGUAUGAUCGAUCCAAGUUAACUCUGAAGGAUAUUCAUAAUUGUCUUUUUGUGGCAAGUAUGAAUCCUACUUCAGGAAGUUUUACUAUAAGCCCUCGGUUACAAAGACAUUUUUGUGUAUUUGCAUUGAAUUAUCCAUCAGGAGAACCAUUAUUUCAUAUAUAUAGUACUAUUUUGGAUCAACAUUUAUCUCACCCUAAUUACAAAUUUCCUACUGCAGUCAAGAAGUGCACUUCACAAGUAGUGUCAGUUUCAUUGCAACUACAUCAGAAGAUGACUUCAGUAUUUUUACCAACUGCUGUCAAAUUUCAUUAUCUUUUUAACCUCAGAGAUCUUUCCAACAUAUUUCAGGCUUUAUUAUUUGCUACUCCUGAAUGUUUAGUAAAUGAAUCUGCAUUCAUUCGUCUUUGGAUGCAUGAAGCAAUGAGAGUAUAUGGUGAUAAAUUGGUAGACGAGAAUGAUAUUGAAUCCUUCAAUAGGAUAAUUAAUGAUAUUGUAAGGAAAGGUUUUGAGCAGAUCAAUGAAAAUGAAGUGUUUCUAAAGCCUCUUAUCUUUUGCCAUUUUGCUGAUGGUCUUGGAGAAAGUAAAUACUUGCCUAUCAGAGACUGGAAGCAUUUGCAAAAUUUACUUAAAGAUGCUAUUUCUCAAUAUAAUGAUCUUGUAGCAGCAAUGAACCUUGUCUUAUUUGAAGAUGCAAUGAGCCAUGUGUGUCGCAUUAAUCGCAUAGUGGAAGGACCACGAGGUAAUGCUCUUCUUGUAGGAGUUGGAGGGAGUGGAAAGCAAUCAUUGUCUCGUCUUGCUGCUUUUAUAUCAUCUCUGGAAGUAUUUCAGAUACAACUUUCAAAAGGAUAUGGGAUAAGUGAUAUGAAAUCAGACAUAUCAUCUCUUUACCUCAGAGCAGGACUCAAGAACGUAGGUACAGUAUUUCUUAUGACAGAUGCUCAAGUAGCCAACGAAAAGUUUUUAGUUCUUAUAAAUGACAUGUUGGCAUCUGGCGAAAUAUCAGAUUUAUUUGCUGAUGAUGAAGUUGAAAAUAUUGUUGCUGGUAUGAGAAAUGAAGUCAAGACUUCUGGAUUACAAGAUACAAAAGAAACAUGUUGGAAAUUUUUCAUUGAAAAAGUACGUCGAAAUAUGAAAGUAAUGUUGUGUUUCUCACCAGUAGGAUCUACUCUGAGAAUAAGGGCUCGUAAAUUUCCAGCUAUUAUAAAUUGCUCAUCCAUUAAUUGGUUUCACCCAUGGCCUCAAGAAGCACUUGAAUCUGUGUCUAGUCAGUUUCUCCAAGACAUAAAUGUACUACCAGAAGGUAUAAGAAAGUCAGUAUCUGUAUUUAUGGCAUAUGUACAUACAUCUGUUAAUGAAAUGUCGGUAAUGUAUCUCCGUAAUGAACGCCGUCAUAAUUAUACAACACCAAAAACAUUUCUAGAGCAGAUCAGUUUAUAUUCAAAAUUAUUAACACAAAAGACAAGAGAGUUGGAGAGCCGAAUCAUCAGGCUUGAGAAUGGUCUAUUGAAAUUAGCUAGCACUGAAAAGCAGGUAGAUGGUCUUAAAGAAAUAUUGGUAGUGCAAGAAAUUGAAGUUAAUGAGAAGAAUGAGCAAGCAGACCAGCUUAUAAAAGUUGUAUCAGCAGAACAAGAAAAAGUAACAAUGGAGAAAGCAAUUGCUGAUGCAGAAGAAGCCAAAGUUCGUAUAAUUGAAGAAGAUGUUUCAGUUAAACAAAAAGUUUGUGAGGCAGAUCUAGCUAAAGCUGAACCUGCUCUAAUAGCAGCUCAAGAAGCACUAAACACUUUAAACAAAAACAAUUUAACUGAACUUAAAUCGUUUGGGUCUCCACCAGAUGCAGUUGUCAAUGUGGUAGGAGCUGUUAUGGUUUUAUUUUCUCAAAGAAACAAAAUACCCAAAGACAGAAGUUGGAAAGCAUGUAAAAUGAUGAUGGGAAAAGUUGAUGCAUUUUUGGAGAGUCUAUUGUGUUAUGACAAAGACAAUAUUCAUCACGAAAUUGUGAAAGCAGUUAAAGAAUACUUGAAUGAUACAGAAUUUAAUCCAGAUCAUAUUCGAUCCAAAUCAUUUGCUGCAGCUGGUUUGUGUGCUUGGGUUAUUAAUAUAGUAAAGUACAACGAAGUGUAUGAAAUGGUGAAACCAAAGAGAAUAGCUUUGAAGGCAGCUAAUGCAGAAUUGGCAGCUGCUCGAGAAAAACUGAAGGUUGUUACUGACCAGAUUAAAUCAUUAGAAGACAAAUUAGCAAUACUGACUCAAGAAUAUCAAGAGGCUGUUGCAAAAAAAGAACAUUGCCAAAGAGAAGCUGACAAAACAGCUACCACAAUUGAUCUCGCCAACAGAUUGGUGUUAGGAUUAGGAUCAGAAAAUGUUAGAUGGCGAGAAAGUUUAGCACACUUAAAAACAUCAAGUUCAAAACUUCCAGGAGAUGUUUUAAUGAUUACUGCUUUCAUCUCCUAUGUUGGAUGUUUUACACGUCAGUAUAGGUCAGAUUUAUUAUAUAAAUAUUGGUUUCCUUAUCUCACUACAUUAAAACCUGAAAUUACAUUGACAGAAAAUCUUGAUCCAUUAGCACUGCUAACAGAUGAUGCACAGAUAGCUAAAUGGAACAAUGAAGGACUUCCAAGUGAUCGUAUGUCUGCAGAAAAUGCCACUAUUUUAACAAACUCAUCUCGUUGGCCUUUAAUGAUAGAUCCUCAACUGCAAGGAUUAAAAUGGAUAAAAAAUAAAUAUAGUGAAAACUUAAAAGUUAUUCAGCUUGGGAAUAAAUCUUGUUUGGAUAUAAUAGAAGUAGCACUUUCAAAAGGAUAUACAGUUUUAAUUGAAAAUAUUGGUGAAACAGUUGAUGCAGUUCUUGAUCCUCUUUUAGGAAGAAAUUUUAUUAAAAAGGGCACAGCUAUUAAAAUUGGUGAUAAGGAAGUAGACUUCAAUCCUAAUUUUCGUUUGAUUCUCCAUACUAAGCUGGCUAAUCCUCACUACAAACCAGAAAUGCAAGCACAAACUACUCUUAUCAACUUUACUGUUACAAGGGAUGGAUUGGAAGAACAACUUCUUGCAGAAGUGGUGAAAGCUGAACGGCCAGAUUUAGAAGCUUUAAAAUCAGAGCUUACAAAGCAACAAAAUGAUUUUAAGAUCACUUUAAAAGAACUGGAAGAUGACUUAUUGCAUAGAUUAGCAUCAGCUGGUGAAGAUAUUCUGAGUGAUGUAGCACUUGUAGAAAAUCUUGAAACAACAAAACGGACUGCUGCAGAAAUUGAAUUGAAAGUAGAAGAAGCAAAACAGACAGGGGAAGAAUUAGAUGUAGCACGUGAACAAUAUCGCUCAGCUGCAGCUAGAGGAUCAUUGCUGUAUUUUAUCUUAAAUGAUCUCUACAAGAUUAACCCUAUUUAUCAAUUUUCUCUGAAAGCAUUCAGUGUAGUUUUUAAAAGAGCGAUAGAGAAAGCUGCCACAGGUGUCACUGUGUGCGAAAGAGUUUCAAAUCUUUUGGAUAAUAUUACAUUUUCUGUUUUUAUGUACACAAGUAGAGGGUUAUUUGAAAGUGACAAAUUAAUAUUUUUGGCUCAAAUGACAAUUCAAAUUUUACUUCAUGCUGAAGAAAUUGAGCCAUCUCAGCUAGACUUUUUACUUCGUUUUCCUUGUGCUCCAAAUGCAGUUAGUCCGGUAGAGUUUCUUUCCAAUACAAGUUGGGGUGCUCUUAAAGUUCUCUCCACUUUAGAUGACUUUAGGAAUUUGGAUCAUGAUAUUGAAAGUUCUGCAAAGCGCUGGAGAGGGUUUGUAGAUUCACAAUGUCCUGAAAAAGAAAAAUUUCCUCAGGAAUGGAAAAAUAAAACCCUUCUAGAAAGAUUAUGUAUGAUGCGAUGUCUAAGGCCAGACAGAAUGACUUAUGCAGUUAGACUUUUUGUAGAAGAAAAGUUGGGCAGCAAAUUCACUGAAGCAAGAAGUCCAGAAUUCUCACAGUCUUACAAAGAAAUGAACAAAUCAACACCUGUGUUUUUUAUUCUGUCCCCUGGAGUCGAUCCAUUACGCGAUGUUGAAAAACAAGGAAAACGCCUGGGAUACACACUUGACAAAGGGAAUUUUCAUAAUGUUUCUUUGGGACAAGGACAAGAACCUGUUGCAGAAGAAGCCUUAAAUAAGGCUGCUCGGAAAGGUCACUGGGUAAUUUUACAAAAUAUUCACCUUGUGAAAAACUGGCUUCCUUAUCUAGAGGAGAAAAUAGAACGUUGUCAUGAAACUGGUCACAGGAAGUUUAGACUCUUCAUGAGUGCAGAACCUGCCCCAGAACGGUCAUGUCAUGUGAUUCCUCCAGGGAUUUUAGAAUCGUCCAUCAAAAUCACAAAUGAGCCUCCAACUGGCAUGCAGGCCAAUUUACACAAAGCUCUGGAUAAUUUUUCCCAAGAUGUUUUAGAAAUGUGUUCGAAGGAAGCAGAAUUCAAAGCAAUUUUAUUCUCGCUUUGUUACUUUCAUGCUGCAGUUGCAGAACGGCGGAAGUUCGGAGCCCAAGGGUGGAAUCGUAUAUAUCCUUUCAAUUUUGGCGACCUCACUAUUAGUGUUAAUGUCCUCUACAAUUAUUUAGAAAGUAAUAGCAAAGUUCCGUGGGAAGAUUUAAGAUACUUGUUUGGUGAAAUAAUGUAUGGAGGCCAUAUCACUGAUGACUGGGACAGAAAUCUCUGUCGCACAUACUUGGAGGAGUACAUGAAGCCUGAGUUGAUAGAAGGAGACCUCUUUUUUGCUCCGGGCUUCCUCGCUCCUCCCAAUUCUGAUUACUCUGGUUAUCACAAGUACAUAGAUGACCACCUGCCUCCCGAAUCUCCCUAUCUGUAUGGAUUACAUCCAAAUGCUGAAAUUGGAGUACUCACAACAACUUCCAAAAAAUUAUUUCAAACAGUUCUGGAAUUGCAACCUCGAGAUGCAGGGGCAGGAAGUGGAACAGCUAGCACUAAAGAGGAGAAGAUUAAACAAGUCUUGGAAGAUAUUUAUGAUAAGAUUCCUGAAGAAUUCAAAAUUUCAGAGAUGAUGGGAAGAGUGGAGGAUAGGAAUCCCUACAUACUUGUAGCAUUUCAGGAAUGUGAGCAGAUGAAUUUUCUUACAAGUGAAAUGAAAAAAAGUUUAAAAGAGCUAGAACUUGGACUGAAGGGUGAGCUGACUAUAUCUAAAGACAUGGAACUUUUGAUGGAUGAUUUAUUUAUUGACAAGGUCCCACAGACAUGGAUGGCAAAAGCUUAUCCUUCUAUGCUCACUCUUGGCCCAUGGUUUGCUGACUUUCUAUUGCGUCUUAGGGAACUGGAGGGUUGGACUAAUGAUUUUAUGUUGCCAGCAUCUGUUUGGCUUUCUGGAUUUUUCAAUCCUCAGUCAUUCUUAACUGCAAUCAUGCAGUCAACAGCAAGAAAAAAUGACUGGCCACUUGAUCGAAUGUGUCUCAGCUGUGAUGUAACAAAAAAACAGAAAGAUGAUUUUACGUCACCUCCCCGAGAAGGAGCAAACGUGCAUGGAUUAUUUAUGGAAGGUGCUCAAUGGGACGUUAAAAGUGGUGGCAUUGUUGAUGCAAAAUUAAAAGAUCUUUUUCCUGGAAUGCCUGUCAUUUACGUAAAAGCCAUCACUCAAGAUAAACAAGAUCUUCGCAAUUUGUAUGAAUGUCCAGUGUAUAAGACACGCAUUCGUGGUCAUACAUAUGUUUGGACAUUCAACCUAAAAUCAAAACAGAAGGCUGCAAAAUGGACUCUUGCAGGUGUUGCUCUUUUGCUUCAAGUGUAGGUUUAAGUAUUGUAGAGAGUAAAUAUCAUUAUUCGCUCAUUAAUUAUUUGAACCAUUCAUAGAUCAAUUUAAGUAAUUAUACAGCUCUUCAAAAUAACACCUCCCUUUAAGUCUUACACCAAUUUAAAAUCAAGUUAAAAAUAUUUAUAAACAAAAAAAGAAAAAUUGUGUAUUAGAAAACCAAAUCAGGAUUUCAAAUAUUUCUUUAACAGUUUUAUUUUAGUUGGACUUGUUUUCAAACAACAGAGAAUUUUGUGACACUAAUGUUAAAAUAUAUAAAAAUGCAUAUUAUGAGCUAUUAAUUGUAUGUUAUGAAUGAGUUUCGAAACUUAAAGCAUUACGUUGCUUGUCAAAUUUAUUUACAAUAACUUUGAAUUCUUUUAUACAUUUCAUUAGAAUCUUUUCAUGUAAUUUUACUAAUCAUUUUGGCUAAAUUAUAAAAACUGAAGUUGUUUCUUUCAUUGAAAUGUUUUGUUUUCAGAAAGCAUCUGAUUAAUAAAAUGCUUUAAUUUUUUAGGGAAUUGGUCAAUUUUUAGGGAGGACAUAUGUAUUUAAAAUCACUUUAAUUAUUUUAAUACAGAUCACAUAGUCAAUUUAUUGAAGAAAAAAUACACUAAGUAAAUUAUAAUUAAAAGGAUAAAAUAUAGAAGUUGUUUAUGGCCAAUUUUGUCUUUGCAAAACAAGACUCACUUCUGAGCUUGUUCUAGAAACCCACCACAUCAAGAAUAAAUUUAUUUUUUUACACUGUAAGUCUGUACAAUUCUAAGAUUUCAGCUUAAAAAUUAGGAAUAUUUUGCAGUGAAACACUGUGUAAAAAAACUUACGUAUUUUAUCCUUUCAACUAUAACUUGAACAGUAUAAAUAAUUUUAAAAUAUAAUAGUUUGAAAUAACAAAUGGACUAUGGAAUCACAGUGAUUAUAGUAAUUACAGUACUUCUCUAAGAAUGCCUACAAGUUCACUCUACAAAUAUCAUAGCAGCCAAAUGCCAUAUCAAAAAUUCAAUAAAGUGAUGAACAUUAGAAUAUUGAAGGUAAAAUGCUAAAUAUUACAAAUAACGAUUCAUUAUCCCUCUUGAAUCGACUUCCUUAUUUUUUAACAAGUUUCAAAUGUGCACAGGGGAGUAUUAAUUGGCAUGCAGAACAAGCAUGUGCUUAGAUUCUGCCUCAGCCCCUCAUGGGACCACAAUAACUUUUUCAACAAAAUUUAUAUUUGUUCAUUAAUAUGGCCUGUAAACAUUACCAUUAAAUCUUUUAUUACAAAUACAAAAACUGAUAUAAUUAAUUAAGAUUUUAAAAAAUGCCACACAAAAUGUUGACCAAAAUUUAACAAUAUAUAUAUAUAAUAAGAAAUGCAAAUACUAUAAUUGUUAUUUUGGUAUUAAAUUUUAAAUUGGACACGUUAUAAUUUUCAUAUUAAUAUUGACAACAUUUGUUCAAUAUUUCAAUAUUAUUAUGGCUCCUCAUAAUUUGUUUGUACUUGGGACCCCUUAAGAUAUUAAUUCAGAACAAGCAAACAAGCAACAACAACAAAACCAAACUUUUCAGAAAGUAAGUGAAGAAGUAAGGGAGCUGAUUCUGUGAGCUUCAGAAAGGCUGUGCUGAAAAUAUAUAAUACACGUUUAUGUAGAAAAUAUAUAGAUUUAUAGAAUAUCAAUAUAAAAUGUGUUGCUUAUCAUUUAUUUUUACAAUAAAGUCUAC